AUGGGCAGUAGCAGCAGAGGCCCGGAAGGCCCGCCUUCCCGGAGAGUGACCUUGUCUUUGGCCCUUCUGUCCUUGUCCAGAAAGGGUGUCUUUGCAGGGUCUUGUGAGGCUCGGAGAGAAACUGAAGAGCCUGACUCCCUGCCAGCCCUUUCACCCUCCACAGACAGUGGCUCGGUGCAGGCUGGCAGGCUGUAUGGUGCUGUGGACCGGGGACUGCUGAGGGCAGCUCCUGGGGGAGAGUGGGUGGGUACUUCCCAGAGCCCCAGACCUGCACAGGAGGCAGCCUUCCCUGGACCGCCCUCUUCCAUCAAAGGGGAUGCCAGCUGUACUUGGAGCCCCUGCGAGCUGGCCAGGCCCAAGGGGUCCCCCAGCUCUCCUCCUCCAGUAUGCGUGGCCGGCCUCCCUGUUUUUCCUGAGCACGUGUUUAGGUACUACUGCAUAAUUAUAACGAAAACUGAUUUUGAAAGUGCCCUCACGUUCCCCAACCCUGUCCCCGAAGCAUUGGCGCUGGUCCUGGUGGGCCUGGUGAGCUGGAGGCGGCGACAGCGGCGGCUUCGCGGCGCGUCCUCCGCAGAGGCCCCCGACGGAGACAAGGACAAGGACGAACCCCUGGACAAGGUCAUCAUUCUGUCUCCGGGAAUCUCUGAUGCCGCAGCUCCUGCCUGGCCUCCUCCUGGGGAAGACCCAGGAACCACCCCACCUGGCCACAGUGUCCCUGUGCCAGCCACAGAGCUGGGCUCCACUGAACUGGUGACCACCAAGACGGCCGGCCCUGAGCAACAAUAG